CAAUACAUGAUUAGGUAAGUCCUUUUUUAGAGUGGUCGAGAAGAGAGUAAGCCAUGAAUGAAUGAAGUUGCAUCAUAUCCUGCAGAUAUCCUGUAGACAGCUGCCUGGGGGCUUGACCAUUCAUUUCCUGGCAAAGGCGUUUGAAAAAUCCCCUCACAUGGGCCCAACCUUUAUAAUAUGGGCCCUCUUUUCCUUUUCCUUUGUCACGAUGCCUUCAAGUGCUAUCGGAGAUCUUAAGAUAAUGAACUCUGAUACUAAUGGAAAAGUGGGACUCACCUGUAUGCGGAGAUUUGAAACAGUACCCAAGUAAUUAAAUCCAAACAAACAUCAGCGGAGAAGUUUAGACGGAAAAUUAAAAACAGUUACAUUUAAGUGCAAUACAUGCUUUGGAUACGAUUGAUCUAUCAUCUGUUCUUCUCAUAAGAGCCAAACAGGAGCCAUUUGACUAUUUUAUCUGGAUUAAACAUUCUCCUCGUCAGGCGCAGCUUUCACCGGUAAAGAUGUUGACACCGAAACUAACAAACUACCCGUGAAGGCAGCACUGCAGUCCUUUGCCUUGCAACGGGUCAGUUUAAAAUAAAGAGAAACUGAAAGCAGUCGCAGCAUCAUGUUGCAUCAUUGGCUGUCUGAUACCAAAGGACACGCGCACAUAAGACAUCAGACCCCCCGGAUGUCCACGCACCCACGGAACCGGCUCUCCACGUUUAGCCCCGAGCUGCAGAGCAGCGCUGGUUAUGCAUCCCCUUCAAGGGGUUGAGUGGCACCGGUCUCGCGUGUGACCGCGCAGCACGUGAUGACCCGAUCUCGGAGUAGGUGCAUCCUGCCGGCGGACACGGGGCACGGGGAAGUGGGGCAAGAGAUGCCCCCGUUAUUCAUGGAGUCCGGGUUGGAGCUCAACAGCCCCGGCUCGGUGUCCGGUGCCAGCAACACCGCUGGAUCGGAGCGAGAAGGGGGACGACGGGUGGUGAGAAUAAGACAAGAGAACAACAGGACCGCUGCGAGGAAGAGCCGCAGGAGACAAACGGAGAGAGCCGACGAACUUCACGAGGAGCUCCAGUGCAUGGAGCGAGCCAAUUCGGCCAUCAGAAAGGAGAUUGCAGCAUUGGAAAAAGACCUCCACCUCUACACCACGGCUCUGGAGCGCCACAAGCCUUUCUGCUGCCUCAGAGACUCGGCCUCCGACCCGACGGGCCGCCCCGCGGUCUCCCCCUGCAGCCCCCCGGGGGGCCCCUCCCGGGCUGGCCCCUCACUCUCUCACUCCUUGACCUCCCGCCUGGGUCUUCAAAGCCGCGGCUGCGUUGAAAGCGCGCAUCCCUCCUGCGUAAAUCCCCCUCCCCCGAGAAGCACAGCUUUGGCCGCCGAACCCCCCGGCUCUGUGGCGGCUUCCAGCUCCGCCCCUUUCUCCGGAGGCUCUCCGUCCGGCGGAGAUCCCCCUCCCGCGAUCUCAUCGAGGCCGAGGAACGUGGCGCCUGUCCGCACAGGCCCCGGUUCGCCCUCGAGGUCGGGCGGCGCCCGAGCGAGCUCUUUGGCGCCGGCGGAUGCUCCCUUCAGUGCCCUUCACCCCGCGGCGCUGGAUGAAUUUCUAUCGACUCAAGCUUCUUUCCUCCUUCCUGCUCCCUCUCGGGGAGUUCCCCUCGACCCCCGCUAUCCGCCGAUCGCCUCCCAGCUUUGCCCCGAUCCGUUCGGCGACGACUCGGGGACUUCGAGUGCGCCGUGUUCCCUUUUACCGGCAACUCUCCGAGAUCCUUCUCCUCUGUCUCUCUCGAGGGCGCCCCCGCCCUCUGCUUUGACCAUGGAGCCAAGUUAUGGACAACCAGCCACGCUGGAUUGUGGCCCUCUGCUUUCCAUGCUCACAGUUCCGAGCGCCCUCCACGCGCCUCAGACUACCUCCAGCAGCUUCCAUGAACCACGCCCGCAGAACCCCGCCUCACUGCCACUGUUGGGGGACACCUCGAGAGAUCUCUCCCUUUCUGAGCUCCUGGAGGUCAAUGAUUGGAUACUGAGUGGGUCCAUUCACUAGUAGCACUACAAGACCAGUUUUCGUGAGGCAAAAAGAGUUGUUAUUAUGUAUGUAUUUCUACAUCUAAUUAAUCAAACAAAAAAAAGCCACUGAAAAAGCCACUGAAAAAGCCACUGAAAGGUUGAACCUGAUGGAUUUACAUUUGGAUCGCACACUUCCCGCAAUGCCUCGUUAAGUUAGAUGCUUGUAAAUGGCCGUGGCCUCCAAGCUCCAGUUUGUAACGUAAGUUUCCUCUUUGGUGAGACAAGGAGGAUCCAACACAAUCCGUACAAUAACGGAGCAUUUAAUGAGUCCCUCGAAGAUAAAACUUGAACCAACGAUGCUAUAAAAUCCAUCAUCAUGCAACCGUUCAGUUUGAGAUCAGUCAGCACUACUCGUUCCUUAAUCUGUAAGCCAAACACAUUUAAAGUUGGGCUUACAUUUUUAGAGUGGAUGGAGUGCUCACUUCCUUGCAACUUCAAGGAAAUGCCAUUGUUUGAAAUUUGACAACUCUGACUGGAACUGCACAUGUAAAAAAGUAAAUGUGAAGUGAGUAAAGGAUUAUCAGCAGUCAUUAUUCAAGGCCAGGAAACUUUAUUCUGUUGUUUUCACAAUCUUAUUGCUGCUACUGACAAUUGCUGCAAGUCAAUUUUCUAGAUUUUUUUGAUUUUGUAAAGCUACAAUUAUUAAUUUGUCUAUAAAUUAGAUAAAAAAAUAAUGUAUCUUCAUAUGUAAUUUGUAUUAUUAUCAUGAUUAUUAAGUUGUUUAGGUAUUUUAAAAAGCUUUGUUUUAAAGGGUGGAUCCCCCAACCAGACAACGGUCAACUGCAUGAGUUUCCUUAGGUUUGUGGAUUUGAUACAGAGAAAUAAUGUAAUUUUUUCUCCCCGUAACAAUAAGAGAACAUUGGCUGCUCAACUCUUUUGUACACAGUAGUAGAGAAAUUAAUAGUGAAUUGUAGCUCUUUUCUAAAUAUAAUUUAUAUUUGGACUUAUGCACCGUGAUUAUAUUCACAUUCACAAGAUUUUGAUGUUUUUUUGCUUUAUUUACAACUAGGAGUGUAACAGUGACACUGUGUGAGAGAGUUUUGGCACUGUUUUGUAUCUAAUAAGCAUUUAAUUAUUAUAUUUAUGUUAUAUUGUUUUCAAUAGAAAUGUUAAUUACGAAUAAAACCCAUUAUUGAAACAC